AUGUGGUUAUUCUUUUUGUUUAUUAACCUCAAUUCCAUUUUUAAUUUUGUUUGUCCUCAUUCGAUUUUUGUAAAGUUUUCUUGGCGAGAUAAUGGCGAAAAUGAAGAAAAUUAUUACAAUCGUUUGGCUGGAGAAGCUGAUGAACGAUUUAAAUUGGAAUUGACAGGGGAUAACCUCGACAAUCCAAUUAUUGGAUUGACUGACAUAAAUGAUACAUUUCAAUUUGAGAAUCUAAAUGGAGGCACUUUUAAAUUGAAAAUAAUAAUAUAUGGACUAAUCGAUGUUAGUGAGGAUAUUGGCACUAUAGAUGAAGUACUAGAAAAUGAUACAAUAAUUUACAUCAUUCCUCGCAAAGACAAUACAAAAUAUAUUAAAUACAUAAAAGUUGAAGGAGAAGAAUACUUCUUCAAUACAAUGAUUAAUUUGUUUAAUAAUCUUCGUGUAUUAAUUUUUGUUUGGUCUAGUACUCCAGAAUAUAUGCAAAAAAUAAAUAGUAUAAUGAUCAGAUGUAAAGACAUGGUUAAAUCAAAUUUUGCAGCCAAUUUUAAUAGAAAUGUAAAUAAUGAGGAGGGAAGUGGACUAUAUAAAUCAACAAAUUAUGUAAAAACAUUAACUUGCCCGAGUGGUGAAUAUACUGUUCUGGUUGAUUACAAGGUUAAGAGAAAAUAUUAA